GAUUCAUCAGCUUGGAUUGUGGGUUAGUCCCAAAGGACACGACCUAUGUGGAGAAGACUACAAACAUAACAUAUAUAUCAGACGGGGCUUACAUCGACAGUGGAGUGGUCGGGAGGAUCGAUGAAACGUUAAGGACGAUAUUUCAACGACAGGUUUGGAACGUAAGAACCUUCCCCGAUGGUCAAAGAAAUUGUUACAACUUCAACCUGACAAGGAACCAAAAAUAUCUGAUCAGAGGAAGCUUUCACUAUGGGAAUUACGAUGGCCUGAAUCAACUCCCUAGCUUUGAUCUUCACAUUGGUCCUAACAAAUGGACCUCUGUUUCUAUCCGAGAAGUGGGCAAUUCUUUAAUCCACGAAAUCAUCCAUGUCUUGACACAAGACCGACUCCAAGUCUGUCUUGUCAAAACAGGAGAAACAACACCGUUCAUUUCGUCCUUGGAAAUUCGUCCAUUGAACAAUAAUACUUACGUCACUCAAAGCGGAUCGUUGAUGACAGUGAAGAGAGAUUACUUUUCACACACACCAUCGUUCAUCAGGUAUGAUGAGGACAUCCAUGACCGAAUCUGGUUGCCAAAAAUUAAUGAAAAUACAACGUCGAUAAAGACAGACCUUCCUGUUGAUACAAGUAACCUCUACGAUGUGCCUCAGCUCGUUGCCACAACCGCUAUGAUCCCUGAAAACCCUUCUAAGACUCUGAACUUACGUUGGACUCUCGAUGAGAUCGAUGCACACUCAUAUAUAUACAUGCAUUUCGCCGAAAUAGAGAAUCUUGGAGCUAGUGAAACUAGAGAGUUCAACAUUACUUACAACGAUGGUGUACGUUGGUUCAGCUUCUUUAGUCCUCCAAAGCUUGGCAUAUCAACUCUAUACAAUCCAAGAGCUGUGAGUGCUCCUGAUGGGACAUUCGAGUUCACUUUCACAAUGACAAGUAACUCAACUCUUCCUCCUCUUAUCAAUGGCCUCGAGGUUUAUAAAGUCUUGGACUUUCUACAGCUCGAGACAGACCAAGAUGAAGUUUCUGCUAUGAUGAACAUAAAGUCAACAUAUGAAUUGAGAAAAAAGAUGACCUGGCAAGGAGAUGUAUGUGCUCCCCAAGUUUUUCUGUGGGAAGGUGUAAACUGCAGUUAUCCAGACUCCGAUCCACCUUUUAUCAAUUCAUUGAACUUGACGGCGAGCGAAUUGACUGGUACCAUAACACCUGAAAUAUCUAAGCUAACAAGGUUGAAAGAGCUAGAUUUAUCAAACAAUGAUUUAUCAGGAGACAUUCCACCGUUUUUUGCUGAUAUGAAGUCGCUAAGACUCAUAAACUUAAGUGGAAACUCAAAGCUCAACCGCACUCUUCCAAACUCCGUUCGGCAAAGGAUAGGCAACAAAUCGUUAACACUAUUGUUGUAA